GAGCUGCCGGCUCGACUUCGCCGCAUCGGAGGCUUCUGUGUCUGUGACGACCGUGUUGUUUUGGGACUUUAGUAAGUGACAAGUACUAAAACGCGGUAUAGCUGUGGCAGACAGUGCCUUGUGAGAAAUUGUGGCUGUUCUGUUGUCAAUUCGGUGAGAUGAGCAUUUGAGACUUUCAGCCUUGAGAAGUUUCCCUCAUGAUGCUCAAAGAACGAGAGAGCCUGGAAAGAAGCAUCUCCUCUCCUUGCUCUAGUCUGGGCGGUUCAUCCACUGUCGAAGCGUCUACGUGUGCAGGAUGUGGAGAAAGAAUACAAGACAGAUAUUACCUUCUAGCAGUAGACAGGCAAUGGCAUGCACCAUGUCUAAAAUGUUGUGAGUGCAAACUACCUCUAGACUCCGACCUAACCUGUUUUGCAAGAGAUGGGAAUAUUUAUUGCAAGGAUGACUAUUACAGAAUGUUCGCGGUGACCAGAUGCGGCAGGUGCCAUGCAGGGAUUGCUGCCAAUGAGUUAGUGAUGAGGGCAAGGGACCUCGUCUACCAUCUACACUGUUUCUCAUGUACAGCUUGCGGAAUACCGCUGUCUAAAGGCGACCACUUUGGCAUGAGGGAAGGCCUGAUAUAUUGUAGCCUCUGUUACAGGCCUCAUUACGAAUCGCUCGGCUACUGCGACCCCAUCGAUCCGAUCGACAUGAUGUACCGUGGAGGGGAGUCCCCUGGAUACUAUCCGUCCAAUACACCCCCUCAAAGCAACAAAGGCAGACCAAGGAAAAGAAAAAUCGCACCAGAUGAGGGAUCGCCGUGCGGAGAAAUGCCUGUUACUAUGAGGAUGGCUGCAGCGACGUUAGAAAUGCUCCAGCAAGGAGAAUUAUCCUCUUCGAUGGAGUCCCUCUCUUAUGACUCGUCUGUAACAUCGCCAGGUUCCAGUAAUGGCCAACAGACACAAAGGACGAAAAGGAUGCGAACAUCAUUCAAGCACCACCAGUUGAGGACGAUGAAGACCUACUUUGCGAUCAACCAAAAUCCAGACGCUAAGGAUUUGAAACAGUUAGCUCAAAAGACUGGACUAUCAAAACGAGUGUUACAGGUGUGGUUCCAGAAUGCCCGGGCAAAAUGGCGGAGAAACCUGAUGAGACAAGAAGGUACCAACAACAAUAACAACGUUCCAACACAACCAACUAGCGGGCCUCCAUCAGUGGGAUCCGGCAUCAUAGAAGGCAGCACGUUAUCUCAUCAGUCGUUAGAUGACCUGCAUCAUCACUUACAUUCCCAAAAUUCACAGACGCUCACUUUUAGUGACAUAUAUUGAUUAGACAACUAAGUGUGUGAAAAUAAUAAGAUCGUGAUGAUUACUCAAAGAGUUAUUCAGUGUGAGUGGGUUCCAUACUGAUUUGGAAUUGGACCAAACUACCGAUAGAUAGGAAGUUCGCAUUCUAUGAGGAUCUUUAAACUAAAGUUUCAGUGACGUAACGUAACGUAAAGUGCUUAACUUAUUCAUUGUCAUCCUUAAAUCGUAAGCAGUUAUAUCGGCGAGGGUCAAUUACUCAGGCAUCACCAUGCUGACAGCGUUUGAACUAGUAUAGUAAGUGUAUUCAAACACUAACACGCGUUUCUUAUGGAGCACUCAUUAAAAAGGAACGUUUCGUGAAAUAUUGCUACGCUCCAGGAUGCAAGGUACCAAAUAGUCACAUCGCAUUAAGAAAAAAUUAAAGUCAAAUCAUUAUAUUACUCUGUACCUUGAGUGACUGUAAAUCCUGGGAUUGUUUGUAACUUGGAGGAUAUUGUGUAAAAAAGAUGUUUGACAUGACCCAAUUUAUUAAAUAGUCUAAUGACGGUUAAUUGUUCUAGACCUUUGAAGUUUGUAUGUGGCUGUAUGUGAGGAAUGAAACUCUUACAGGUUAUAAAAAUGAACAAUCAGCUAUUAGGUGAACAUCUCGUGAAUUUCGUGUUUCCCGUAAUUUCGCGUCGUUUUGAGUACCAUCCCUGUGAUCUAGUCUCCAAAUGUACCAUUUAAACGAAUACUCAUGGUAUUUUUAAGUAAACGCUUACAACUGUUUCCCGCGUCAACCUUUGUAGUCUUCCUUGCUGUUUUAUCCAAAGAUAGUGUCAUUACAAUCUUAUUUAUAUCUUAUAAAUCUGGGCAUUAAGUACAAUUAUACAUAAUAUGGAUAGCGUCUUCAUAAGUAAAGCUUCUCUUCAACUUAGUGGCAUUCUGUAACUUUAAAGAAAAGAUGUAUUCCCGAUUUUGAUAAUCGUUAUGACUAGAAUUACGGAAAGUUUCAGAAUAAAUCGAGGUUAGGUGUUUAGCUGCAAAUGCAAAACUCAAAUCGACUCUCCUCUGUCAAACUUUUUGGACUUUUCAAAGUCCCCUGAUCAUUUUCAGAUAAAUAUUUUUAAGGGUUGUAAAUUAUGGGUUCGCGGUGGUUAGAGGUGGGGGAGGGUAUAUUGGAAUUUUUAUAGUGGUAUAAUAUUUAUACGCUUCCAACCCCUGAAAACUAUGCACCUAUUAGACUUGUAUCAUAGAUUUCCCCGUACAUUUGUCCUUAAACCUUAAUACAGGAAUAACUUCGAUAUGCGUCUCUCUCUCUCUCUCUCUCUCUCUCUCUCUCUCUCUCUCUCUCGAUCCGUUUAGUUUCUGUUUUACAUGUUCAUAGGUAACCUUUAUCUUAGACUUGUGCUGUCAUCCAUGAACUGAUGACAGCGUUGCGAGGAAAGUGCAGAGUCACCUACAUUUUUGGAGGACUAUGGUAUUUGCAUUAUGGUACACUUCAACGUUAACUUCGUCAAGUUAUAUAUUUUUAAAUUUAAGUUAAUGAUCUGUGUGUAUACAAAUAGCGGAUUAACGUUAAUCUGAGCCAUAAUGCGAUUCCCAUAUCAUUCUACCUAUUGUCUAUGUUGCGUUAUGUUAAGUUACGGUCCUGAAACACUGAGUACAUUUUUAGUCACGACCUGGAAAUGCCUCGUUAAUGUAAGAUGGUAAUUUGUAUAAUGAUGUGUAUAGGUAGCCAUCACUAAAUAUAUGUAGUACAUCCAUACACAAAAUGUUCCUUUCUUAGUAAUUAUAACAUAUUAUAGGUGGUUCGGUAUGAAUAGCGUACUAUACCUUGCACUUAAAUUAGUCUAAUGUCUGUACAUAGUCGUGAUGUGAAAUGCUUGUUACAUCCAUAAACAUAGAUUCAAAGCAAAUAAGCUGGAGCAUAGGCAAAACAGUAUCACUUAUCCAGAAUUAAAUGACUUGUAUUACUCGUAUGAUUGCCAGAUACCAUAUGAGGUUGCUUGCAUUAAAAUCAUGUGUUUUCAGUAUAAAGGGGUAAUACAUUCAAAUUCUAGGCUAUUUCGUAUUUGUCCUGUUACAAAUGGCGUCAAGUAGGUUGACUCUGUACGUCUCAUGCAACUAUGGACAUAUGUAUCAAGUACCAGACUCAACUUUUAUAAGCUGUGGUAUCUGUAUUGUCCUAUUGCUCCAAAAUGUUACUUGUUUGCCGGCUAUGAAAAUCCAUUUACCCUGACAUAACACUGUAGAGUAGAACGAAUAUCAGUGAAAAAGUAUUGUUGAUUUGGCGAAAAUCAAAACGAGGUAUAGAAUAAACUUUCCUACGCUGUCGUAUCAUUCGACUGGCCGGCUAUGGAAGCCCUUAAAGCUGGUGAUGUAAUAUAAUUAACAUGUUUGACGAAAGGUAUUGUCGGUUUAAUUUAUUUUUUUAAGUAGGACAACUUUCAUAUGCCGUGGUACUAUUUGUUUGAGGACAUGGUAGUAAAGAGAGAUGAUAGCCUUCAAUCCACGAAAUAUCUUCAUUUUCGCAAACGAGUAGUAUACGACUUUCCUUUAUUUCACAUCUGAAUAGCUACAGCCAUCAUGUUGUUACAGUAUUUAAUUAUUUAUAUUCAAUAAAUUAUAUUAAACUGGUAGUCGCACUUGUUGCAUUGGGGGGCGUUAUUAAUGACCUCCCAGCCGUUCAGGUAACAAAUUCUUUGCGCAUAUAUGCGCCCUGCAGUGGCGCAAUUUGUAGGUAUAAAAAAUAUAUAAUCAAAUCAUUCAACGCAGAGGAAAUAUGCCUAAUAGGCAUACACCGUAUAGCUUGUCAGAAUUUUUAAUCAGUAGGGCUAGGCAGACCGGCAAGAAUGAACAAAGCAUACGCAGUUUAUUUCCCCUACAUUAUAUUGAACUAAGUAAGAUUCCGAUAGUUCGGCAUUAAUAGAUAAUCUGAAUCUGGUUGGAAAUUUUAAACACGUGUGGUAACAUAUCCGGGUCAAACUGAAAAUAUUGGGGUACGAUGCUGGCUACUCGAUUGUAACUAUAUAAUCUAUUAAGAAUGUAUAAUAUAUUUACUCACAGUCAGCAAUUAUCUGAUUUUCCACUAGACCUGAGCAGACUUGUAGCUCUAGAUGAUCAUAGCGAAUGAUCGGGAGAAUAACCUAGAAGAUGUAAGCACGGGCAACAUGCAUGUCAUCAGGGUACUCGUCUUGUCUUAUCUAGGGACCUUUAAAUAUUGCUGUAUUGCAACCAUACUGAAGACGCUGGAACUCGACAAGAAAUGACCAAUGUACGACUGUUUGAAAAAACUCGUUAGUGUAUAAGAGAAAAAUGUAGUUUUGGAAUUGAGCUAGUAAUUUUGAACAUUUUUCGGAGAAUGAGGAGCCACAAUUGUACUAUCAAAAACUGUUACUUCUUCUUGUCCAUCAUUUUCGCAACGAAGCUGGUUUUCUCAAAACUGUCCGAACAAUGUGAUCUUAGAAAGAAUUUCCUCUAGAAUGUCCACUCUAUGUCUCAUCCUAUGCUUAAGAAAAGCUUUAUACACCAGUUACUAAUACGCACCAUUUUGAAAACCGUAACGUAAACGAUAGCUAAAAGUCGACUAGGGUUCUAUCAAAAAACAUUACACUACAAAAUAAAUAACAGUGCCACUUCAACACCUGUCGAGAGAGAAUCUAUCAUGGCAAAUGCCUGUUACUCUAUUAUUACUUAUCGUCAGUAUUUGUACAAAGUUCUUACUUCUUAUUUGAUUGUUAUAAAUAGUUAUUAUAUUGUAUAUAUUUGUAAAUUAAACAUUAAUAUCUUGAAGAAA